AUGGCGCGGCGUCUCCGAGUCGGUUACGUCGUCGACGUCAUCAUGCCUCCGUUCAAUAAUUACAUUAAGACAUCUAAAUAUUCGCUGCUGACAUUUCUUCCACUCAAUUUAUUCGAGCAAUUUCAACGCCUUGCUAAUUUUUAUUUUCUUUGCCUUCUCGUCCUUCAGGUGAUUCCAGCCAUAUCUUCGCUGACUCCCAUUACGACUGCUGUGCCUCUUAUUGGCGUACUGUCGCUGACAGCCGUUAAAGACGCCUAUGAUGAUUUUGUAAAUAAACGUCGUUCAAAAGUCUUACGUAAUGGGAAGUUGGUCGAAGAGAAAUGGGCCGAAGUACAGGUCGGAGACGUUAUACGAAUGGAAAAUAAUCAGUUCGUGGCAGCAGACGUUUUACUUUUGUCCACGUCGGAACCAAACGGCCUUUGUUACAUAGAAACGGCAGAACUCGACGGAGAAACAAAUUUAAAAUGUCGUCAGUGCCUCGUCGAAACGGCGGAAAUGGGUCAAAACGAUUCUGAUCUCGGAGAGUUCAACGGUGAAAUAGUAUGCGAAACCCCAAAUAACCUCCUUAACAAAUUCGAAGGAACUUUGUCGUGGAAUGGGAAAAAGUAUUCUUUAGAUAACGAUAAAGUUGUUUUAAGAGGUUGCAUAUUACGAAACACUCAAUGGUGCUACGGUGUGGUGAUCUUUGCUGGCAAAGACACCAAACUAAUGCAAAAUUCUGGGAAAACAAAAUUCAAACGCACCAGUAUUGACAGGUUGUUAAAUUUUAUUAUAAUUGGGUCAUUUAUAAUGAGGGAACGAUGCGAAAAAGUGAGUACUGGUACUCGUGGUACUCGUGGUACCCAACAACCGUAUUCCGUUUAUUUACCCUGGGAUUCUCUCGUGCCGAAGGAUCCCGUUUACGGAGCCACAAUAAUCGCUUUAUUGGUAUUUUUUUCAUAUGCCAUUGUCCUUAAUACCGUUGUGCCUAUCUCGCUUUACGUAAGCGUGGAAGUCAUUAGGUUCGCCCAAAGUUUUUUAAUUAAUUGGGAUGAAAAAAUGCGUUGCGAAAAAACGAAUACUCACGCCAAAGCGAGAACGACAACGUUAAAUGAAGAAUUAGGUCAAAUAGAAUACAUAUUUUCCGAUAAGACUGGUACUCUAACCCAGAACAUAAUGACAUUUAAUAAAUGUUCAAUAGCAGGCGUUUGUUACGGUGACGUCGAAGAUGAGAAAACAGGAGAGUACAUCGAUACCAGCGAGAAUAUUCCGCCUUUAGAUUUUUCAUUUAAUAAAGAUUACGAGCCAGGGUUCAAAUUUUACGACAAAAAAUUACUCGAAGAUGUUUUAGCCAAGGAUCAAAAUUGUUACAAUUUUUUUAGGCUGUUGGCUUUGUGUCACACCGUCAUGGCCGAUCAAAAAGACGGUAAACUCGAAUAUCAGGCUCAAUCUCCGGAUGAGGGAGCUCUCGUAUCGGCGGCGAGAAAUUUCGGUUUCGUUUUCAAAGAGAGGAGCCCGAAUUCGAUAACCAUCGAAGUCAUGGGAAAAAAAGAAAUUUACGAAUUGUUAUGCAUAUUAGAUUUUAAUAACGUUAGAAAAAGAAUGUCGGUCAUUUUGAGGAGGAACAACUCGCUCAGGCUUUAUUGCAAGGGUGCCGACAACGUCAUUUACGAAAGGUUGAAACCCGGAAAUAGCGAAGUUGCCGCCAAAACUCAGGAACAUUUGAACAAAUUCGCGGGAGAAGGUCUUCGUACUCUGUGUCUCGCCGUUCGAGAUUUAGACGAAUUGUUUUUUAAUAAUUGGAAGCAGAGGCAUCAAGAAGCGGCCAUGUCGAUGGAAAACAGAGAUGAAAAAUUGGAUGCCAUUUACGAGGAAAUAGAAAAGAACAUGACUCUGAUAGGAGUCACGGCCAUAGAGGAUAAACUUCAAGAUGGCGUACCUCAAACCAUAUCGAAAUUAGCCAUGGCGGAAAUAAAAAUUUGGGUUCUAACCGGAGACAAGCAAGAAACAGCCAUCAACAUAGGAUAUUCGUGCCAGUUGUUAACGGAUGACAUGGCCGACGUUUUCAUCGUGGACGCGAGCACGUUCGAUGACGUCGAACGUCAAUUGUUGAAACACCGGGACACAAUACGUAAAACGGCGAAUAAUAAUCAGGGGACUGACACAAGCAUUUCCGUCGUCACUUUCAGGUGGGACCAACGGGAGAAGAUCACAGACAGUUCCGAAUUAGAUUAUCCUAAUGGUGUUAGAAUUGAAGAAUCUGAGCCGCCGACGACGUUUGCCAUCGUCAUAAACGGUCACUCUUUGGUUCACGCUCUCCAACCUCAAUUGGAACAAUUGUUUUUGGAAAUAACGUGCAGUUGCAAAUCCGUCAUUUGUUGCCGCGUCACCCCCCUGCAAAAAGCAAAAGUCGUGGAAAUGAUAAAGAAGAACAAAAGAGCCGUGACGUUGGCCAUUGGUGACGGUGCCAACGAUGUCUCCAUGAUCAAAGCCGCUCACAUCGGAGUCGGUAUAAGCGGUCAAGAGGGUAUGCAAGCCGUUUUGGCCGCCGACUAUUCCAUAGCUCAGUUCAGGUUUUUGGAAAGGCUUUUACUCGUGCACGGAAGGUGGUCCUACUACAGGAUGUGUAAAUUUUUAAGAUGUUUUUUCUACAAGAAUUUCGCUUUCACCCUCUGCCAUUUUUGGUUUGCUUUCUUUUGCGGAUUCAGCGCUCAAACCGUUUUCGAUCCCAUGUUUAUCGCUGUAUAUAAUUUAUUUUAUACUUCGAUGCCCGUACUUGCCCUCGGAAUUUUCGAUCAAGACGUGAGCGACCUCAAUUCGUUAAACUAUCCGAAAUUGUACGUGGCCGGACAGAAGAAUUUAUUGUUCAACAAGGCCGAGUUUAUAAAAAGUGCUCUUCACGGAUUUUUUACUUCUUGCGUUAUAUUUUUAAUACCUUACGGUACUUAUAAAGAUGGUACGUCUCCCAAGGGUUACACACUAUCCGAUCACAUGCUUUUGGGAACGGUUGUUUCGACGAUUUUGGUCAUUGUCGUCACGGCACAGAUCGCCAUGGACACAUCUUACUGGACGAUAUUCAAUCACAUAACAAUAUGGGGAUCCCUCCUUUUCUAUUUCAUUCUCGAUUAUUCGUACAAUUACACGAUACAGGGAGCCUACGUCGGUACUCUAACGAUGGCCAUGAGCGAAGCCAUGUUUUGGUACACGACGGUAAUAACGGUUACCGUACUCACCAUUCCCGUCCUAGCGGUCAGAUUUUAUUUGGCCGACGUUAAGCCGAGCAUAAGCGACAGAGUAAGACUAAAACAGAGACUGGCAGCUAUUAAAUUCAGAUCUCGAUCGUCUCAAGACGUACUAAGAACUCCAUCCGUUCGCCGAACGAGACGUUCGAUACGUUCGGGAUACGCAUUCGCUCACCAGGAAGGUUUCGGACGUCUCAUAACAUCCGGGAAAAUAAUGAGAAAAUUACCCAAAAACAUCAACGGUGAUCAAAAUUAA